AUGGAGCGCAGCUUCACAGGAGGCGAUGAGUACCAGAAGCACUUUAUGCCCAGGGACUACCUGACCACCUACUACAGCUUCGAAGGUGGCCCCUCGCCCGAGGCCGAGAUGCUCAAGUUUAACCUGGAGUGUCUCCACAAGACCUUCGGCCCUGGUGGCCUCCAAGGAGACACGCUGAUUGACGUUGGCUCAGGCCCUACCAUCUACCAACUGCUUGCUGCCUGUGAGGUCUUCAAAGACAUCACUAUGUCUGACUUCACUGACCGCAACCGGGAGGAGCUGAACAAGUGGCUGAAGAAGGAUCCAGGGGCUUAUGAUUGGACCCCAGCGGUGAAGUAUGCCUGUGAGCUGGAAGGGAACAGUGACCGGUGGAAGGAGAAGGAGGAGAAGCUGCGUGCGGUGGUGAAGCGAGUGCUUAAGUGUGAUGCCAACCUCAGCAACCCGCUGACCCCGGUGCAGCUGCCCCCGGCCGACUGUGUGCUCACCCUGCUGGCCAUGGAGUGUGCCUGCUGCAGCCUGGAUGCCUACCGGGCUGCGCUGCGCAACCUGGCCUCGCUGCUCAAGCCCGGCGGCCACCUGGUGACCACAGUCACGCUUCGCCUCUCGACCUACAUGGUGGGGAAGCGUGAGUUCUCCUGUGUGGCCCUGGAGAAGGAAGAGGUGGAGCAGGCUGUCCUGGACGCCGGCUUUGACAUCAAGCAGUUCCUGCACAGCUCCAAGAGCUACUCGGCUUCCAGCGCACCCAACACCGGGGUCUGCUUCAUUGUGGCGCGCAAGAAGCCUGGACCCUGAGAUGGGGGUCCCCCCAAGGCCCAGCCGGGCUCAGCCCAUCUGUCUGCUAGAGCGGGCUUAGGAAAGAAUAGUGCCUAGCUGCCCUGCUUUAGAACUAACGAUCCAUCUUUGGGAAUUCUGAGAUUUUAAUAUCCAUGUGUUGGAAUUCGAAGUUUCCAUCACACUUAGUUCUGGGAUCCUGGUGUAGAAUCUUCCAUUUUCUGUUUUACUAAGCCUGACAGCUCGUCUCAGAUGUUACCCAACUCCCCUGUGAUUGGAGAGUGCUCAGGAUCAUGUUCUGAGAGCUUUCGCCCAGAGUUACAGACAAGGAAGCCUCUAGAGAGUGGGGUGUGGGUAAGUGUUUCACAACCAGUUCUAAAAGAAAAGCAAAACAAGAAAUUGGAUGGGUGCAUGAUUUGUGGCAGUUGCCAAUUUCCAAGAUAUAAUUAUUUCUACCCCAACUGAUUUCAAGCGCCUCGUGAUUUAACAACUGGCUCACAAAAUUCUUAAAAAUUUAACAGCUGGCUUUCAAGAGCUGAAAUAAGUCCAUCUGAGCACUAUUACCAGACUACAAUUGGCUGAUUUCACAGCUUCAUAUACAGGAUGCCCAUUUCAUUGACAUUCAGAUAAACAAGAGAACCUUUAAAUGAAUAAAUAUGUUCUCAAUUGCGUAAGAUAUACUUAUCAUAAAGAAGUAUUUAUUACUUUUUGAAAUUAAAUUUGCUGGGUACAUUUUAUUUGACAAACUUGCCCUGGACCUGGUCAGUCAUGACUGACACAGAAGAGGGGCAGCUGGGAGUCAGGACUGAUGCUAAGACAUAAGUUACCAUUGUGCAAGUUAAACCAAUUAGAGAAAGGUGCCCUUUCCUUAAGGAUGACCUGGUUCCAUGUCUUGGCACCUGACAGCCUCUCUUUCCCCCCAAAUCUAUACCAUUGUGCACAUCCUAAAGAGCUGGAUGUAGCGGCUCAGCGAGAGUCAGGGGGCCUCAGAGCUAGUCUCAGCCCUGCUACUGAAUGACUGGGGGACCUUGGGUGAGUCAUAUUUCUUUUCUGUGAGGCAGGGAACAUGAGAUUAGGAUUAGGAAGAGACCUAAUUUAAGAAUCUAUAAGAAAUUUCUAGGAGCACAAAAUCAUUGAUAUGAAAGUAUUAUGAAAAGUAAAAGAUUUUGUACAAGUUGAGUAUUGAGGUUAUUUCCCUAAAGGAAUCUAAAAAAAAGCUCUUUGAAGUUACUGAGUUAGGGAUUUGCCCAUGGACAUACGGAAAGGUGGUGUCAGAGCUGGAGUGAGAACCGUGUUGCCUGACCUGUAUUCCCUCCUGUGUCCCUCCCACGAGGUAUCCCUGCAGGCUUGGAAGAUCCAACAGUCCCUCUUCCCUUGUGUGUCUCUUAACAAAGGCUUGGCCAGUCAUAGCAAGCCUAUCGGCACGCUUUCUUUCUUGGGCCACACUUUAAUCCAGGGAACAUAUAGCUCUCAACUCUUCCCCAAAUGUGUUUAUCUGGGUAGAUGCCCCUUUGCAUUUGUCUGGAGAGACAUUGUAUGGGAAUAGAUUUUAGAAAUGCUCAUGGUGGGAUAUCAGCUGGAAGAGGGAGGCGGGUGUCACAGAAAACAUGGAGACCCCGAGAACCUGUGCCUGGGAAGAGUGAGGGGCAGGGGUCAAAAUGAGGUAAAGUAAAGAAAAUGGACCUUAAGGAUGACGGUGUAUGGAGCGUAUAUGAAGUUUCUGAGGAAACCAUGAAGGGGAUGGUUUCUAUAAAGCAAAGACAGAAAUGUUUGUGUGUGUGUGGUGGCAGGGGAGAAGUUGCUGAGGGAGAGAAGUGUCAGGACUUCUGCAGAAUCCUCUCUUCUGUUAGCUGCUCAGGAAGAGGUUGGGCAUGGUUGUGAGGGAAAUGAGGGAGGCUUGUGAGGCUGCCUUGCUUGUUAGACUGAGUCAGGCAGGGCUGAGUGACAUGCUUGUGUACCCACCAUAUAGCCACAGAAAAUAACUUGUGCUCGCUAUGUGCUUAAUAAAACCUUUUGUUUCGUUCUAA